AAAAAAAACAGCUGCUGCUUCUUCCGCGUGCUGCUGAAAGUCUGCUGGGACGCGUCGGGCUCCGUCUAAUCUCUGGUGACCAUGCGAGCGAUUCCAGAGGAGUUAACUGCGCUCCUGUCAGAUUUGGAGAAUUUCCUCUCUGAUGGGUUAAAGGGAGAAACUCUGAGCAAGAAGGCWAAGGAGAGGAGGGAGGCCUUCAUAAAACGAAUCAAAGAUGUUAAAUCCAGUUUCCCACAAGAUUUUAAAGGCAAAAGUGGCGAUGACUCCGAUGAUGAUGAGGAAGUCGACAGCAACAAUGACGGAGCAUCGCUGCAGUCCGAGCGCACGGAUAAGGACGAGGAUGCCGGUGAAGGUGCUCAGCAGUCCCCACCUGUGGCGGCGCAGGACUUAACAUCCGUCUUUAAAGCAGGAUAUCUGGAGAAACGCAGAAAAGAUCACAGCUUUUUUGGCACCGAGUGGCAGAAGAGAUGGUGCGCUCUGAGCCAUCACACCUUCUACUAUUACGGCAGUGAGAAAGACAAGCAGCAGAAAGGUGAGUUCAGCAUCGACGGCUACUUCGUCAAAAUGAACACCAGCCUACGGAAAGACUCGAAGAAAGACUGCUGCUUCGAAAUUUCAGCUCCGGACAAGCGAGUCUAUCAGUUCUGUGCGUCGUCCCUGAAAGAGGCAGAGGAAUGGGUGAAACAGAUYGACUUUGUGUUGCGAGAUAUGUCAGGGAUCAUCCCAGAGGAAGAGGACGAAAUGUACGAUGAUGUUGGUAAUGCUGGAGGAGUUGYUGAACCUGAAGGUGAAGAGAAUGAUGAAAUUUACGAGGAGCUCCCAGAGGAUGAAAUCCCGGCUCCAGUAAAGUCUCCUCCGAAGAAGGUGGAGCCACUGAGCAAACCCAGUCCUCCUCCUGCAGCUCCUGCUUCUCCUGCAGUUGACAAGAGCACAGAUUACCCCAACUACUACCAGGGUUUAUGGGACUGUGUAGGAGACCAAUCAGAUGAGUUGUCCUUCAAACGUGGAGAGUCCAUCUACAUCCUGAGCAAGGAGUACAACAGCUUUGGUUGGUGGGUUGGAGAGAAGAACGGAGCUGUAGGUAUCGUUCCUAAAGACUACCUGCUGGAGAUGUAUGUUCUGUAAAUACAUUAUAUGUCCUCUGGAUUAGACCUAAUCCUCUUUGAGGUCAAAACAGUCUGUUCAUCUGAUACAUUUAAGUAGACUUUUUCUCACUUUGUUGCAAUUAUUAAUAUUUAUUUUCUACUAAAGCUGUAUUUUUUUCCCUCUUUGUGCUGCUUUCUGCAAAACUGAUGUUUUAAAUACYGCAAAAUAAAUAAAAAGGAGCUAAUUUAAGUGUCGGAAAAGGGUCAAAUCUUUUUUUUACCACAAGGUGGCAGUAUAGGCAGUAUUGGAUAAAGUCCCGUUUAAUAUUUGUUGUGAGCAACAAAAUUCCUAUAAACCUUUUGCAUCUGGAGCUUUGAAUUUAAUCCUGAAAAUGUUAAUAAUCUGKAACAUCUCUGCACUCAGAUGUUUAAUAUCAGCAGAAAACCUAAACAAAAGGGGGGUAAAAGUUAAACUGUCUUUUAUUAUUAUUACAAAAUAAAAUACAAAACAUUAAAAACCAAUUCUCUUUUUGAUGAUAUGUUUUUGCACAACUUUUAAAUGAAAUGUCUUAAAAUCUGAGUUUACUCAUCUGGUCAGCAUUUUUGUCUCCGAGCUUCAAAGUGACGUUAAUAAUAUAUAUUUUUUUCUUUUCUAAAUGUCACCUGAGAGGGUUUUGCUUCUGGGCAGAGGAGCUUCGGCGCAGCAGAUGGGAGGGCCGGGCUGCGUGCCUGAGUGGAACGGCCGAGGUUGCACUAAUCAGACAGCCGCCCCGUGCCCAUGGCAGGGCUGCUUAUCGCCCUCCGAGGGGCCGUUUGACAGCAGGCGAGGCGGUGCUGGCCGAGCACGUCCCUCUGAGUCGACAUGCUGGAACAACUGAAAUACCACAACUUUCAUUCCUCUGGGUGACGACGUAGUCUUAUCAAGAWUUWUUUUUUUYAAGSCUGGGAAAGAAAAUGGAAGSGAAAAGGCUUUCAUCAAAUAGCAGCUCACUAUCUAUGUUUUUUUUCUUUGUCUUGCUUCUUUGUUCUUGUUGAGUGAUGAGCCGUAGUCCUCUGUCCUCUGGGUGACAUUCAAACCCAACAUAAAUCCAGUUUUUUUUCUACUAUAGUGCUGCAAUAAAGCUCCUCUACUAAUUGGA